ACAACGCUCCCCCCCCCCCCCCCCCUUAAAACACGUGACCCGCUCGACCAGUUGGAAACACCCCGUAAUCUAGGCACACUCGUGAGACUAAAGUGAGACGUCCUGUGACAUCGAGCGCAGUGUGCGUGUCCUUCGGAGUGCGGUCCGUGCGAGAGAGUCUCGGCGUCCGGUGUAGUGUCCUCGUUUCUCCAAGACAGGUUUUUCCAAGGGCCGCCGAGGAACGAGCGCGGGCCAAUAUUGCCGUUGGGAGUCUGACCACAGGCGAGCCAUGUGUCCGGUCAUUCUGCUGGCGCUCAUCCUGAGCUUUCUGCUCUUGCUGCUCGAGGUGGUGGCCGCCUUGUCGGUCGCCUUCAAUCCGAGCCGCGUCGAGAAGCUCAAGCAGGGCGAUGAGACCCGGGUGGCGUUCUCGGCCCGCACCAGGCUGGCGCCAGAGUCGCGCUUCUUUACGCUCGUCGCGGACAAUCCAGCCGUGGCGUCCGUGGCCGACAUGAACCUGACGGCGCAGGGCGACGACUUCGCAAACGGGACCUUUACGGUGAGGGGCAACUUCCUAGGCCACGCCAAAGUGCGACUCGUCCUAGAGAACGGGACCCGGGGCGGCCAGGACACGUCCGACGUCCUGCCCGUCAGCGUGAUCCGCAAGCAGAGCUUGCUGUCCCUGGCCUUCACGGUGUCUGUCGCCGUGCUCGUGUCCCUCAACUACAUCAACAUGGGCUGCGCGCUGGACAUGGAGACUGUCAAGAACGUCCUGCGCCGACCCAUCGGACCCAUCGUGGGAUUCUUCAGCCAGUACCUGGCCAUGCCCUUGGUGGCGUACGGCAUGGCCAAGUGGCUCUUCAGCGAAGCCUACCUGCAGCUGGGCUUGUUUACCUUUGGCUGCUCGCCAGGGGGUGGCGCCAGCAACAUGUGGACAGUGCUCCUGGGUGGCAACCUGAACCUGAGUGUGGCCAUGACCUUCAUCAGCACCAUCGCCUCUCUUGGCACGAUGCCCCUGUGGCUCUUCACGCUGGGGCGCAGCCUGUUCGAGGACGCCUCGGUGCGCAUCCCCUUCCGUAACAUCUUCACCACCCUGGUCUCGAUGACGGGGCCGCUGGCCAUCGGGCUGCUGCUGCAGCGCUUCCGUCCCAAGGUGGCGGCCUUCUGCAAGCGCAUCCUGGCCCCGGUCUCGGUGGCCAUGAUUGUGUACAUCGUGGCCUUUGGCACCUACGCCAACCUCUACAUGUUCAAGUUGAUGUCGUGGCGGGUGCUGGUGGCGGCGGCGGCCAACGUCUGGGUGGGCUUUGCGGUCGGGGCGGUGGCGACGCGCCUGGCGGGUCUGGCGUGGCCGGACGUCCUGGCGGUGUCUGUGGAGACGGGCGUGCAGAACACGGGCAUUGCCAUCGUGUUGCUGGGCUUCUCGCUGCCCCAGCCCGAGGCGGACAUCGCGGCAGUAGUACCCGUGGCGGCCUCGAUCGUGACGCCUGUCCCGUUGCUGGUACUGCUGCUGGCGCAGCGGGUGUACAGCCGGUGCUGCCGACGCAGUGAUGCGGUGACGGACGCCGAGGCGUCCAAGGGGGUGCCCCCACUGGCACGCUUUGCUGAGGUAGGCGACGACCUCGACGAGAAGGCGGCACUCACAGCAAAUGGCAUCGUGGCAACUCUGGGUGGCGGGAAGGCGGCGGCGGCGAGCUACGGUGAUGAGCUGGCAGAUAGGCUGUGAAAGUGAUACGUCUGGCUCGUCUUUGUUUCCUCGGCUUGCAUUGUGGUGUCCAGCUUGGCGGUUUCACCCUUUUCGUCGCUAUUCAUUAUGACCUCUGUUUUUAUUGUGCAUUCUUCCUGCCUCUUUCUGUGCCUGGAUUGCUCCAACAGUCGUGCUCAUAAGAUGAGAGCACCCAAUUUUUGUGCGCCGAAUGCCUAGACGAUUACUGUUUUCCCAGGAUUGCGGACUAAGGUGAGGGGAGCGAUGAAGCUGCCACCUCCUUGUCUCCAAGUGCCCUUCCAUGGCCUCGGUGCCCUUUCAUGGUACUUGUACACAGUUGUGAGCCGUGAUUACAUAUAAUUGACAUAAGGACAAGAUGUCUGUGAUAUUGACACCAAAUUUCUUCCUGCCAUAAUAGGCGAGCUACGAACAUUGUUUUUUGGCUCCACACAUUCCACCGCAUGGAAUGGAGGGGCAGUUUUUUGCAUUGGCGCACAAGCCCCUCAGUGGCCGAGUCCCUGCUUUUAGCCUUGUGGUAGCCGGGUCAGCCCUUCCGUCAGGCUCUGCGACUGCAUGCUUGGUUGGCCGAAUGAUCUGACUGCUGGCCGGUCUCAACCCCUGCUCUCUUGCCUGCUUCGCCAGCCACUAACCCCUAGCCAUCAUUCAUAUUUGUUAAUGAUGCACAACUUUUGCCUCACCCUGUCUAGAAGGACUUUGGAACUCUGCUCGAAUGUUUGUUUAGCGUGUGCACAGUUUUGCAUUAAAGUGAAAGGGGCAAAGCUUUUUUCUUGUUAAUUUUGCCCGUACGCUUAGUGUCCAGUGUGGGUCAAACUGUACUUGUUUGCAUUUAGAUGCGCGACAGCAGUGGAAAAAGAAUGGAGCCAUGGUUUCACCCGAGACCCCAUCCCGUUUUCUUUUCCAACCCUCCCACCUUCAGGUCCAGUACAGCGAGUUGGAAUGUCCGCUUCUGUCGGACUGAGUCCAGCGUACAGAGCCUCGUCUGUGACUACGUUGCCUGCUUUCUUCUCGCUACACUUCUUUCUCGUUUUCCUCCUUUGGACUUUGAGCGUUCAUUGUAUGCAUUUGUUUGGGCCGUCCCACAAGUUCCUUGCAUGUCUGAAUCUCCCAAAUUUUCAACACCUCUGUGUUCGUUUUAGUGCACUUUCUGCAAACUUUGAGUGCGCUGGUGUAUGUAGUUGUCUUUGGCAGUAUUGUUAUUUUGCUGCUUUCAGUUUUCUGUUUUGUAGAUGCAUUUAUUUUUUGCCUGAUUGCAUCGCGAGCAUUUUAUUUCUUCUACUAACAAACAACUCGAACCUGUUUUGCAAAAUGCUUGAAGCUUAGGGUUCCUAAUUUGGUAUUUUGCUCUGGGCAUAGCAAUCUGACCCAAUUUGAAGGGUGCAGUCGAGGCUCUUGGCAGUCUGGUAAACGGUGUCCAGCUUGGUAGUUUGCGUUGUGCAGAGUGGGACAAGGGUACUAACGACCUUGUCUCUCCUGUGUGGUGUCCCUCUGUUCUCUUCCCUCCACUAGGGUCCAUCCCGUGACUUAGAGUCGCUGCACGUUCUAGGCGUGGCCAUAGCGGCCGGGCCUUGCUGAAGCAGCAUCGGCCCACUCCUCCCUGCACCGUCUGCCAGCACUGGGACAGACUCCCAGUGCUGCCAAGAUGAAUGCGUCGGGUUACAAGAGCCACAGAGCCGAUUGGGAAUGGGCUAGAGUAGGCCAGCAUUUGACAGCAAACAGCACACCGACUACUUAAAUGGAAGACACACAAAAGCUUGCACACAACUGAUAAUUGAUUGUAAAAGCCUCGCAUGAAAAGGUGUGGAAAAGAACAUUGCAUGUGUUUUUUAUAUAGUUUUCGCAGAACCACGCUUGUGAAGUGACUGCGGGAGUUCCAUCUCUUCAUGGGAAAAGCACCAAUACCUGACGCUUUGAUAUGCAGCAAGCAGUUUCUCUUGUAACAGUUUGUGGUGUCAAAACUGGUUUGCGGUUAUCUCGGAGUGUGUACUCAUUAGUGACUAUGUCAGCCCUGUCGGGUCCUUGGGUGACAUCGGUCUUCCCAUGAGUGGACGAGAGAAAUGGCUCAGGCUGCUCAGUCAGUUGAGCUCCAAGUAACUCGAUUCCUACGAGCAUUUGACAAAAAUUUUUAUUGAAGAUGUCUGGUAUUCCUGCGAGUUCAAUUUCUGAGUUUUUUUAUUCACGUAUGAAUUGUAAGUCGGUGCUUCUGUUUCUUGUUUUGCUUAUCCAGUGGUCCAUGCUCUGCUUGGUAUUGAAUUUUGUACCAAGGCUAAAUUUGUAUUGUGUUUGGUUUGCAACUUGGGUGUAAUUUCAGCCAUACAGCCACAUGAUUGAUUGGACUGGGACUCCAAGUAAAGUGUUAAUGCUACAAGUUUACCAGCACAAACCUUAAAGAAACUUGUUGCUGUUGUAGCAAUGAAAUUUUAGUUCAGAACUUUUUAAGUGUAUAUGUGAAUUUUAGCAUCCUAAGAAAUGAAUCCGUGUUUGGUGGCCAAUUUUCACAGUUUUGGAAAACGGAACGAAACACCUAAAGCUAGCCAUCUUUUUUCACUGUUUGCACACAAUACAGAGUGCUGUCUCCAGCUUUAAAAGUAAGAAGCGGGUAUUGGAAAGACUAAGCAAGCAAUGCUUUGACUGCCAGUACCAGAAAUUGAGCAUCUUUGUGCCCUAGAUGCACCUAUUUGAUUGCACGUGCCAGUGCGGAUUCUUUUAUUGAAAGCGUGGUAGUAUCGUUUGUGCAAGGUAUUUUUGGCACAAAAGGUUAAGCAAAAUAUUCGAGCAACAUGUUGGACUGCUUAAAUAUUACUUGCAAAUUCACUUGUAGUAUGCAGUGGCAACUUCAUGUAUUUCCAGUCUGUGUAGAGUGCACGUAAGAAGUUGAAAAAUCGUUUAGCUAAGUGAUGCCCUUGAAUCUGUACUUGUUUCUACACUGUUUUGCACAGCUCAUGGUUAAACUCUCGGUGAAUUACAUAUACCAGAUCUCGGUGGCCUUGUAAUUAGUGUGCAUACACACUUUGGUGUCGGAAGAAUUGUCUUGGCCAAGUGGCUGCUGCAUUGCUUGCAGAGUGAAAUGCUGUGAUUUGCGUUGGCUAUUUUAUCCGCAGUGGCAGUCCUUGAGAAUGAAUGUUCUGCUGUGUUGAUGAGGAGGAAGAAUGUCCCGAACAACCAAGAUUGCAAAUGAACACGCGUACAUAGUAUGUUCAAGGUUUUGAAAGUAGACAUAGCCAUCCAAUACAAAUGUACUUAACUUGCCACUGCCUCAAGUUUAUGAGGCUGUGGCACUAGCAGUGGGGUCUACCCUCUGCAAAGGGGGAUAGGACUCCCAGACGCUGCAUUCUAACCCCAAAUUAUAUUUUUUGAGCUACAGAAUUAUUUUCGACCACAGCGCAUGUGGAUCGUCGUCGGUGGCCUGCCUGUGGCAAUCGUGAAUAAAUUUGUUUUGCAUAAGUUG